AAAUAAUACCUUUUCUCUCGUUAAAGUCGUGUAGAUUUCUCGACCAUUACAUAAUCAGAUAGCGCAUGCCGAGUUCCUGGUAACGUUGCUUCCACAACGAAUAAAGUGAAUCGUAGAUUUCUGCUCCUUUUGAACACACACAGAUAUAAAAACCUAUUUCCACUACAGCAACAAGAUAUAUAGAUCUUCUGAGGAUGCUUGUUCAAGAUCGCUUGCCUCCUGUUUAAUCUUUGGAUAGCUUCUCCUUCUGUUGGAGAAGAGACUACUUCUCUACGAAUCUUGAUAGCACUUGACGCUCAAGUGGAUUUUAGAAAAUCGCAGGUAACCAAAAGAGGUAUAUAAUGCAUGGUGCAAGAACAACAUAGUGACAAACAACAUGGAAAUAUUGUGAAUAUGGACCCGGCAAGGAUAUUGCUCAGUGUCUGAAUCAAGGAACUCAUCACUGUUUUACAACUCUCUGAUUGUAUAUUUAGAUAUCAACUACAAGGAAAUAAAGAAUGUCGGACAACGCGACCGAUGACGAGAAAGUGAUAUCAUCAUCGUCGUUUUCAUACUCCACCUCCUCCUCGUCGUCGUUACCGCCCAUCGCCCGUCCUCCGAAGGACUCCGUUGAGAAGAUGAUACGACUAGGAGAGGUGAGAGACAGGCGACGGUCUUAUCAUCACCAGGAGAAGGAGAAAAAGCCUUUACCAAGGUCAAUGACCACGAUGACCCUGACCCCUAUCUAUGAGGAGGCCCGGAUGUCAGCCGGAAAGAAUGUGCUCAUGAGGAGGGUCACUGUUCUGGACAACAUGGACACAGCUAGUCAUGGUAGUGGGUCAAGGAAGGGUGCUACUUCAGCUGGGAAGGUAUCCAAUCGCCGCAGGACCGCCGCAUCGCUACCGGAGGACAACAAACCAGCGGGACCAACGCCUUAUGAGCGGUUCAGGUUAAAGGCUAACGCAGUGAAGUGGCUCUGUAUGGUAUGCGUUGUCUAUAUGAGGGAGGCAUCUGAGAGAGCUCUGAAGGGAAGUUUGCUGGAAGUCGUGGAAGAGAUUUUGACCUCGGCGGAAGAAGAAGCUAAACGAACAGGGAAUGACGGGGAUUAUCCAAAGGGCAUUGUUAGUUCCGCCUAUCCUGAUAUGACCUUUGACGCAGCCGACUAUCAAAGAUUCUCAAAGAGAGAGGAAGGAUUACCCAAUAAAAUCAAGGAUAUCUUGUCAAUGGAAGAAGACGAUAGGUCGCAAGAACAAAUUCAAAAUGUUGUCCGGAGUAUGCAGAGUAAUGAAGAAUUUGCUAAAUACCCUCCAGAAAUACAAAAGAGAAUGUGUAAAUAUGCUUGGUAUGACAUAUUCACUCGAAAUCGAGUGAUCAUUCGAGACCAAGAACGAGCGGAGGGAAUGUAUUUUGUCCUGUCUGGGAAACUUACAAUGACGACAGCAGGAGCAACAUACAUUCUAAAGAAAGGAGAUAAAUUUGGGGAAUUAGAUCUGAUAAACAAUACCAAUAGAAGUUGUACGGUCAUGUCCAAAGAUCAAGUAGAAUUAUUCUGCAUUCAUAGCCAGGACUAUCCUGAUAUUUUUGACACAAAGUUGAACGUGAAGCCUGAAGAUUGCCUAGAAUAUCUCAAGUCUCUUCCAGUAUUCAAGGCAUGGACGGGACACGACAAACUACCCGACUUUCCCGCUAAUUGGGGAGUGCAAAACUACAGAGCCGGCCAAGUGAUAGUUCCCGAUAGCAUUAAGAACGAAUGGAUUUACGUCAUCAAGUCGGGUACUUGUGACGUUCUGAAGCAUCUUAAAGCCGAUGUCUGCAUGCGAGAUAAGACGGGUAAAUUCUACAAAGAGUUCAAGAAGGCUGAGAAUGCCAAGGAGAUCGAAGUCAUGAACCAGAAGAUGGCCAACAAACUACCACCUCUUACCAGAGUUACGUUCUUGACAACGCCCGGACCUAGCAGCACUCGGAGCAGCACCGGUCGGACACUUAGAGAUCGGGCGCCCAUCUCUGGUAUGUCUGAUGAGCUAGUGGCCAAGAAGAAGGGAGGUUCUGAUAUAACUGAUACAGUAUUCAGGAGUAAAAGCAUUCUCCAAUGUAUGAGGACCGGGAGUCAUCCAGAGACACCAUAUUGUGUGAGGGUAGGAGAACUAGAAGCAGGAGAUAUAUUUGAUAUCCUGACAGUGAUGCCUGGAUACAAACACAGCAAAAGUGACAGAGUUAGCUUGGUAAGCCAAGGGGCAGAAGCGAUAAAGAUCAGCAAGUCAUUCUUUCUCAAGUAUGCAGAUGAGAGGGUCUUCACUGAGAUUGAAAUGAGGUUUGAGCCCUACCCUGACCAAGACACGUGCCUGAAAGACCUGGGCGUGACGACAGAGUGGCAGAGAUACAAGAAAGUGGAGAUGGAACAAACAAUGCAUGAGGUCAAAGAUAAGGUCCAGCUAAGAAUAGCAUCAAGAUAAUGUCUUGAAGACAGGAGAACACAAGAUGGACAUGAUGAUGAAUCAAAUGCCUCAGGGUUGCGUUUAUUGACAAAAUUUUUGCCUAGAAUCAGGUUUCUCAAAUGUCUUUCAGGCAAAUUUAGAAGGUGAUAAACGCAAAGCCUUUUUUAAAGGUCUUUAGAUAUGGGCAUAUCUAAAGAC